ACCAAAGAGAAAAUUAGAGGAAAAAGUCAAACCCCAUUUACAAACAUGUAGUACAAGUAAACAAAAAAUCUUAAAAAAUGUGAUAAAAAUCACAAUUCCAUUUUAAUAUAACACUAACAUUAACAAAUUUGGUUUUUGUGAGAGUCAAUAUUUGAUGUUGUUAAUCUCAGUAUCGUUUUUCCAGAUAUGAGAGAUUGUGGUUCAACAAAAAAAGCUAGAGAAAGUACAAUUGGGUUUUUUUUUCUUCUUUCUUUCUUUCUUGAAUUGAAAUUUCUCCUUUUUCUUUUCUCUCCUUUUCUUUCUCCUUUUUCCUUUGGAUUUUAAAUUUAAGAACAAAUUCGUACAGUGAAGAAGAUAUCACUCAUACAUAUCGGUGUGUGUCUUUGUUGUGGGGCACGUUGCUUUAAUUUUGCUGCAGCAACCUAGAGAGAGAAACAAGAGAGAGAGUGAAGUGGGUUUUGUUCACUGAGGUUUGAUUUCUAUUACGUUAGUUUGAUUCUUAUUCAUACCCAUUUCUCAAAAUUCUUUCUUUUUCAUGUUCUUGGUUCAAUUUCGUGAAACUAGUUGUGCUUUGCAAAUUUUAGGAUCUGGUCUAUAGGGUUUGAAUUUGAAUUUGAAUUUGAAUUUGUUGAGAUUGAUGGGGUAAACCCUUUUUUCUUUGCGCACUAGCUGUUUGAAGAAUUGUCUCAGAUUGCUUUGUGUGAGUAUAAGAGGAAAGCUAUAAUGCAUCUCUCACUGUGGAAGCCUAUUUCUCACUGUGCUUCUAUGUUAUUGGACAAGAAGAGUAGAAGGAAAGGUGAAUCCACAGCUGACAUAAAAAGAAAUCCGUCAAUGCUCCGGAAGCUGCAAGAAAACAAGCUGAGGGAAGCUCUUGAAGAAGCUUCUGAAGACGGAGUACUGUCUAAAUCGCAAGACAUUGAACCUGACAUUGAUGGGAAUCAGGAUGAUAGCCUUGGGAGAUCCAGAUCACUGGCUAGGCUGAAUGCGCAGCGUGAGUUUCUUCGUGCUACUGCCCUUGCAGCUGAACGCGAGUUCGAUUCUGAGGAAGAAAUUCUCAGUCUCCAAGAAGCGUUUUCCAUGUUCCUUACAAUGUAUCCCAAAUAUGUUUCCUCAGAGAAAGUUGAUCAAUUGAGGUCUGAUGAAUAUUCUCAUUGUCAACCCAAGGUAUGCCUUGAUUAUUGUGGAUUCGGUCUCUUCUCUUUUAUUCAAACUAUUCACUAUUGGGAGUCUUGUACAUUUAGCUUGUCUGAGAUAACUGCAAAUUUAAGUAAUCAUGCACUUUAUGGUGGUGCUGAGAAAGGAACUGUUGAGCAUGAUAUAAAGACUAGAAUUAUGGACUAUCUGAAUAUACCUGAGAGUGAAUAUGGCCUUGUUUUUACUGUUAGCAGAGGGUCAGCUUUUAAAUUGCUGGCUGAAUCGUACCCUUUCCAGACGAACAAAAAACUGUUGACCAUGUUCGAUCAUGACAGUCAAUCUGUUAAUUGGAUGGCUCAGUGUGCUAGGAGUAAAGGUGCCAAAGUUCACAGUGCAUGGUUUAAAUGGCCAACUCUCAAACUUUGCUCUACUGAUUUGAGAAAACAGAUUUCCAAUAAGAAAAAGAGGAAGAAGGAUUCAGCUACUGGUCUUUUUGUGUUCCCAGUGCAGUCUAGAGUAACUGGGGCUAAGUAUUCGUACCAGUGGAUGGCCUUGGCACAGCAGAACAACUGGCAUGUCUUGCUUGAUGCUGGGUCAUUGGGCCCUAAGGACAUGGAUUCACUUGGCUUGUCCCUUUUCAGGCCAGAUUUCAUAAUUACAUCAUUUUACAGGGUAUUUGGGUAUGAUCCCACCGGUUUUGGUUGUCUUCUGAUCAAGAAAUCUGUGAUGGCAAGCCUUCAAAAUCAGUCUGGGAGCACCGGUUCAGGAAUGGUGAAGAUUACCCCUGAGUUUCCAGUGUAUUUGAGUGAUUCUGUAGAUGGUUUGGAUAGAUUGGUUGGGACUGAAGACAAUGAAGUCCAUGUGAUUGGUGAUAAGACUUUUGAACCUCGCCAGGGACCACAGUUGCCGGCCUUCUCUGGUGCAUACACAUCUGCACAAGUCAGAGAUGUAUUUGAGACUGAAAUGGAUCAUGACAACUCAGAAAGAGAUGGAACUAGCACUAUAUUUGAAGAGACUGGGAGUAUAUCGGUUGGAGAAGUGAUAAAGAGCCCUGUCUUCAGUGAGGAUGAGUCAUCUGACAACUCAUUUUGGAUAGAUUUGGGUCAGAGUCCAUUGGGAUCAGACUAUGCAGGUCAAUCAGAUAAACAGAAGAUUGCUUCUCCCCUGCCAUCAUUCUGGUUCAACGGGAGGAAGAACCAGAAGCAACAUUCUCCAAAACCAUCUUCCAAGAUGUAUGGCAGUCCUAUGUAUGAUGACAGAGAGGUUAAGCAAAGUUCUCAUGAUGAUCACCGUGUUCUAUCAUUUGAUGCUGCUGUCCUAAUGUCACAAGAACUAGACCGUGUCAAAGAGGUCCCUGAAGAAGAUUAUGUUGAAGAAGUUCAUCACUAUUCGAUGAAUGGAAAUGGGUCAGAUCAUACACAUGUCAGUGAAAUAAUGGAAGAAUCUGGAACCAGUGAAGCAGUUCAUAAUGGAUCCACUGCUGUGAAAGGAUCUUGGCUUAAUAAUUCAAAUUCUCUUGCUCGGCAUCAAAGCUUGGAGAAUGGCUCUGCCUCUGAAAUAUGUUCUGAUAUAAAAGAGAGUGCUAUAAGAAGGGAAACUGAAGGUGAAUUUAGGUUGUUGGGUCGGAGAGAAGGGAAUCGAUUUGAUAGUAGCAGGCUAAUUGGUUUGGAAGAUGAUGAACACAUUGGCAGAGGAAGAAGAGUGUCAUUUAGCAUGGAAGACAAUCGUAAAGAGCACCUAAGAGAGACCUUGGAGAUGGGGGACAUAUCUGCAACUAGCUUAGAUGAUGACGAGGUCAGCAGUGACGGAGAAUAUGGCGAUGGACAGGAUUUGGGCAGGAGGGAUCCAGAGAUAGUGUGUCGAAAUAUUGAUCAUGUUGAUAUGCUUGGUCUCAAUAAAACUACACUUAGACUUCGGUUUUUGAUAAACUGGCUUGUUACUUCACUACUGCAACUAAAGUUACCUGUAUCUGAUGAUGUUAAAGUAAACCUUGUUCACAUCUAUGGCCCCAAAAUAAAAUAUGAAAGAGGUGCAGCUGUGGCUUUCAACCUUAGGGAUAGAAGUCGAGGGCUAAUUAAUCCUGAGAUUGUUCAAAAGCUGGCUGAGAAGGAGGGAAUCUCUCUUGGUAUUGGUAUUCUUAGUCAUAUAAAGAUUCUUGAUAGCUCAAGACAGCAACGCGUUGCGCUGAAUCUUGAAGAUACAACGCUUUGCAGGCCCAUGGAGGGUGGUCGGCGCGAUGGAAAAGGUAGCUAUGUAAGGCUUGAAGUUGUCACAGCUUCAUUGGGAUUUCUGACUAAUUUUGAGGAUGUAUAUAAAUUGUGGGCUUUUGUGGCAAAGUUUCUUAACCCAGCCUUUAUCAUAGAAAGGGGUCUUCCUACUGUUCAAGAAGACUUUGAGACAUGAGACGGCAAAGUCGCAGGUGAUUUUAUUCAAUUUUGGAAACUGAACAUGAAAUAUUAUUUGUGACAUGUUUCUAAAGGCUGCAGCAGCUAAAAGCUGCAGGAAGACUGGAUAGGUGGUAAUUGUGUAUGUUGGUGGAUAUACAGGGGUUGAUUUGUUAGUUUACGAUUCUUGUCGUUUACAUUUUUUCAUUUUCCUCUUCUGUUUUUUGAGCUUCUUGUAGAGUUGGCUUUAGAGAUUUGUUACAAUAUUGGAAAGUCAUGGUGUACUUUGAAGCAAAAUUAUAUUGAUAGAACUAGUUGUUCUACACUUCUACUUAUGCAUAUAAAAGGAUUUCCAACUUUUGUAAAAAGGUAGUGUUCAUUUUCA